GGCCAGCACCAAGAAACCACACCAGCCAACUUUUGCAGACCAUCUACAACUCUAAAGAGAGACGAGUCUAGAACCUUCCGGGGCACCACACCAUUGAAGUGAUGGACCGCGUGGCGAGGCUGGUGUCGGAGCGGACGGUGGUGGUGUUCACGGUGAGCAACUGCAGCUGGUGCAACGUCGUGACGUCGCUGCUGGACAGCCUGGGCGUGCACGCCGCCGUGCACGAUCUGGACAGGGACCCCCGGGGCCGGGAGAUGGAGCGGGAACUCGCCAGGAGGCUCGGCGGCGGCGCCGGGCGCGGUGGCAGCACACCGACCGUGCCGGCGGUGUUCGUGGGCGGCGACCUCGUCGGCGGGAUUAACAGGGUCCUGGCGCUGCACCUCAGCGACGAGCUCGUGCGCAUGCUCAGGAACGCCGGCGCGAUCUGCCCAUGCUAGAAUAGUGAAGUCAACCGUGACAAUUGCUCGAAAAUAAUGGAGGGAGUAACUAAACCUCUGUAAUUAUUCUUCUCGUUUGAAUUUAGAUAUAACCGCUAAUAGUAUGUUGCUAUGCAAUUAUGCAGUUAAUAUCAAAUUGAAUUGUGUGUAAUGAAUUAAUCUGCUGAAUGCGGAUACGAGAAACAGUCGUUGACCCAACUCCUCAAGAAUCAAGAGGUGAUACGUUGCCCUUGAGAUGGUCGAGGGGAUCAACGUUUGAGC